AUGGCAGAGGAGCAACGCCAUUCCCCUGCCGAGGACCGUUUCGACGAGAAACAAAAUUCAGUCAAUUUAAACGUUCAGCGGCUUGACAAUGGUACAAAUACCCCUUCAGACAUUGAAAAGCUCGACCCAGAAGCACCGCAAGACACGCUGUCUCACCUUAUCGUCAAAAAUGGCCACCAAGUUCUCGUCACUUGGACCCUGGAAGAAGAAUCUGCCAUCGUUCGGAAACUCGACUUCCUUUUCCUUCCCAUAUUUUCGCUGAUGUUUACUUGGAUGGCCAUUGAUCGGACGAAUGUGUCGAGUGUUCUGACCUCCACUUUCCUUUCUGACACAUCUAUGACCGGGGAUCAGGCCAACACAGGCGUUUCCCUACUCUGGUUGGGCAUUGUCUUGCUUGAGAUUCCCUCAAACAUCGUCCUCCACCGCGUGGGUCCCCACUACUGGAUUCCGGCACAGGUUGUUCUCUGGGGCUUAGUGGAGGUAUUGCAAAUGUUUGUCACUAAUGCUAGUGGUUGGUACGCAGCACGGCUGUUUCUAGGGCUUGCGGAGAGCGGAUUCAUCCCCGGCGGCCUAUACAUCUUGUCCAGAUGGUAUGCACCAAAUGAGCUCACGCAGCGCACUGCAGUGUUUUUCCUUGGACCGGCAUUGGCUGGAGCUUUUGGGUCCCUGAUCUCGGCCGGAGCAUUGACGUUACACCAGAAUGGGGGGUUGAGUGGGUGGCAAUGGAUAUUUCUCAUCUGUGGCGUCUCUACAAUAUCCGCAGGGCUCGUGGCUUUCGCCGUUAUGCCCAAGUCUCCCUACCAUACGGGUCAUCUCUUCGGUGGUCUGGUUCGGGUGAGGGGCUGGCUUAAUGAGCACGAAGCUGACAUUCUCGUUGCACGUCAAGCCCGAAGAGAAGACAAUCAAGUAGCCGGGUCGACUCUCAAAGUUCACUGGAAGGACAUAACUGAUGUGUUCUUGCAUUGGGCCACCUGGCCGUACCUCAUCGUGUGCCUGGCGGGCCUACAAUCCACCAAUGGGCUUGGCACCUGGGGUGCAUCCAUCAUAAAGUCACUCGGUUUUAGUGAAAUUCGUGCUAAUUUACUCAAUGCGCCCGGGAACCUAUUUUCAGCAAUAUUUGGCAUUGCACUGUCGGCAUUUGUGGACCGGUAUAGUCGAUUUGGGUAUGCAAUCAUCUUUUCGGCUGUGUGGUCUCUCUCGGGUCUAAUUGCACUUUAUUGUCUUCCAAUCACAUCGAAAGCUUCGUGGUCGUUCUAUGCAGCGUACCUCGUGACACAAUCAGCGCCAAACUGGCAGCCAAUCAAUGUAACCUGGUUGUCCUUGAACUUUAAGACGCCCCAGAAACGUGCCAUUGCAUAUGCAGUAUACAUCGGAUGUUCUAACCUAGGCGGCACAUACGGCAACCAAGUAUUUAGAGCGAGCGACGCCCCUCUCUAUCACACUGCGUGGAUUGCUUGCAUAUCCUUGGGAGCAGUGUGGCUCGCUGGAAUUAUCAUACAGGAAUUUAGUUUCCAAUGGGCCAACCAACUUUUUGCAAAGAAGCUAGCGAAUGACCCGGCGCUGGAAUCAGAGGUCACACAUAAGGACAGAAAUGGGCGAAAGUAUCGCUACUAUUGGUAA